AUGCUUGCACCGCUGUGCCGUUCGGCCGCUGUUGGCCUCGCCAUCCUCUCGGGCGCAUACGCGUCACUGCAAAUCGUUCCCGGAGGAACAUGGACGGCGGAUAACGGCCAACACAUCCAAGCUCACGGCACGGGCAUCAUCGUCGUCAACGGGACAUACUUUAUGAUCGGAGAGGACAAGACCAACGGCAGCGCCUUCCAGAACGUCAACUGCUACUCCAGCACCGACCUGGUGCGGUGGCGGUACGAGGGCGCCCUGCUGUCGCGCACGGCCGAGGCCGGCGACCUGGGCCCGAACAGGAUCGUCGAGCGGCCCAAGGUCAUCUUCAACGAGCGCACGCAAAAGUACGUCUUGUGGAUGCACAUUGACAGCAGCGAUUACAAGGAUGCGAGGGCUGGUGUUGCUGUGGGCGAUUCGGUCUGCGGAAAGUACACCUACUUGGGCGGCUCCAGACCUCUUGGCUUCCAGAGCCGGGAUAGCGGCUUGUUCAAGGAUGACGAUGGCACCGCGUAUCUGCUCACUGAAGACCGCGAGAAUGGCCUUCGCAUCAACCGUCUGACAGACGACUACCUCGGCUUCGCCGACACGACAUCAACCUACCUGUGGAGCGAACACAUCGAGUCGCCCGCCAUGCUCAAGCGCGACGGCAUCUACUACAUGUUCGGGUCCAAGCUGACGGGGUGGGACCCCAACGACAACGUCUACAGCACGGCGACGUCCAUCUCGGGUCCCUGGAGCGGCUGGAAUACGUUUGCCGACAAGGGCAGCAACACAUACGCGUCGCAGACCACCUACAUCCUCCCCUACGGCGGCAGCGGCAACGUCAUGUACCUGGGCGACCGCUGGGUGUCGACGAACCUGCAGGCCAGCACGUACGUGUGGCUGCCGCUCGACAUCUCGGGGACGACCGUGUCGCUCAAGAACAGGGACGCCUGGGUCCCCAACGCCGGCGCGCCCGGCGCGCCCUGGCAGCCGGCCGGCGACGUCAACGCCUACGAGGGCGAGGCCGGGCAGCUGGGCGGCGGCGCGCGCGUCGUCUCGUGCAGCGGCUGCUCGGGCGGCAACGCGGCCGGCUACAUCGGCGGCGACGUGAACGGCAUCGUCACCGUUUUGGGCGUGCGCAGCUCCGCGCCCGAGGGCACGCUCACGACCGUGAGGAUCAGGUUCGCCAAUGGCGACGGCAACCCGCGCUACGCCAACGUGACGGUCAAUGGUGGGCCGCCGACCAGGCUGGCUUUUGAGCCCACGAGGGGCGGCGUGUCUGACAGCACGCUCCACGUCCAGCUGCGUCCCAGCACCGACAACACCAUUGUGGUGUCGGGCGCUGGAGACGGGCUGUGGGGUCCUGACGUUGACCGCCUCAUCGUGCCUGUGCAAUGA